AUGCUAGUGACCUAUUUGGAAGCCAGUCGGGACCUUUGCGAGACGGACUCAAUUCUUUUUGGCGCCGCAGUGGCAGUUUGCCGUUUUAUUGGUGCCAAAAUUCCCAUGGCUGGACACGCUACUACACAAAGUAGCGCCAUCCCAGCCUGGAAAAAAAGAAUCGAGGACCGUAUCGCAAAGGCAAGGGCCCUUAUCGGUAGACUGACAAGCUUUAGAUCGGGUAAUAAUAGACCGAGGAUUGUGCGCACCGUUAGGAUGGCGUUUGCUGGUACAAAUAUCAGUUUGUCCCAGCCGGAUAUCACGCAGAAACUAACGGAGCGCAUAGAAGACCUGAAGCAAAAGAUCGCUGCUUGGGGGAAGCGGAUUCGACGAUUUACCGAGAGGUCAAGGCGGUUCAACCAAAAUCGUGUCUUCCAGAGUGAUCAGAAGAGGCUCUAUAAAUCAUUGGAGCGACCAAAGGUAUGUGGGAGCGGGCCAAGGACUGGAUCAGGUUGA